UCACGCAUUCAAGCCCUUUUAUCCUUUUAUUAUACCCAUUACAAAACCCCGCGGCUCUCUGCCUCUUUCGCAUUCAAGCUAGGGUUUUCACUGUGCUUCUCAAACUUCUUUUCCUCGAGCAUGGCUAACAACGCCCCACCUCGCCAGCUCUCGCAGAAGGAGGCCGACAUCCAGAUGAUGUUGGCUGCCGAGGUCCACCUUGGCACCAAAAACUGCGACUACCAGAUGGAGCGUUACGUCUUCAAGAGACGUAACGAUGGUAUAUACAUAAUCAAUCUGGGAAAAACUUGGGAAAAGCUUCAGCUAGCAGCCCGGGUUAUUGUUGCCAUUGAGAACCCUCAGGACAUAAUUGUACAAUCUGCAAGGCCAUAUGGUCAAAGAGCAGUUCUGAAGUUCGCUCAGUACACAGGUGCCCAUGCUAUUGCUGGAAGGCACACUCCAGGUACCUUCACCAACCAGCUGCAGACCUCUUUUAGUGAGCCUCGGCUGCUUAUCCUGACUGAUCCAAGGACAGAUCACCAGCCCAUUAAGGAGGCUGCUCUAGGAAAUAUCCCAACAAUUGCUUUCUGUGAUACUGAUUCGCCAAUGCGGUAUGUUGAUAUUGGGAUCCCCGCCAACAACAAGGGGAAGCAUAGCAUAGGAUGUCUCUUUUGGCUUUUGGCAAGGAUGGUUCUGCAGAUGCGGGGAACUAUUCGUGCUGGGCAUAAAUGGGAUGUGAUGGUGGAUUUGUUUUUCUAUCGGGAGCCUGAGGAGGCUAAGCAGCAAGAUGAAGAAGAACCAGGUGCUGCCCAAGAUUAUCAUGCUGAUUAUUCUGGUGGCGGCGCCCUUACUGAAUGGCCUGCUCAAGGUGAAACGCAUUGGAACGCUGAUUCUGCUCAGCAAUCUAUUUCAGCAGUUCCUCUCAGUACUGCCACCUGGGCUACUCCCCCAGAACAAGCCUCUUUAACAGGGGAUUGGGAUGCGGCUCCAGCACCGCCUACACCAGCAAUGGCUCCCAUUAUUGAAGGUUCUAUUCCUCCUGCUACUGGCUGGGGUGAAUGAAAGUUUGAAAUAUUUUUUCGACAAUUAUAUCAUCCAUAAUUUUGACAGUUUUCUAAUUAUGUCAGUUGGAUUGAACUUGUUUGUCACAUCCUAGGUUUUUUUUUAGAUAUGGAGUUGCAGACAUUUGUAGCGUGCAGUGACAUAGUGUUGAUCAUUUGUCAGACAAAAAUGCAAGAUGUGUGCAGAUUCUCCAUAAGAAUGAAAAUUUUGGAAAAUUUCAUUUAUCA